CGGUGCCCCGACCCUGCACCAUGGCCUACUCCUCCGCUUCGGCGCUCGCGGUCGCGGUGCUUCUACUAUGGAGUCGGAUCACCGCAGGUGACCCUCAGGGCAGCCUCCUCCAGGACGGCUGCAGCUUAUACAACGUGACCGACACCACGUGGUCCGCCUUCGCCGCCACCAUCAACCGCACCUUCGACGAACUCCGCUCCACCAUCUCCGCCGCCUCUCCCGGCAGCUCCGCCGCCCACUUCGCGACGGCCCAGAGCUCUGCCCCACAUCCAGUCUACGCUCUCCUCCAGUGCCGCGGCUACCUCUCCACCGCCGACUGCCUAGCUUGCUUCUCUGUUGCCGCGGUCCACAUCAUCCGCAGGUGCGGCGCCGCCAACGGCGCCCGUGUCAUCUACGACGGGUGCUUCCUACGCUACGAGAGCGCUCCGUUCUUCUACCAGGGCACGCUCCCGGGGAACUCCAACUCCUGCGGCAGCCGUAACGCGACGGGCGGGUUCGCCGCUGCGCUGCGGGCGCUGUUGGAGGAUUUGAGCGCCGCCACUCCGAGGACGCCGCAGUUCUUCGCGGCGGCGGAGAGGGAGGGGGUGUUCGGGAUAGCACAGUGCGUGACGACGAUCGACGAGGAGGGGUGCGGGCAAUGCCUGGCGGUAGCGGUGAACAAUGCGGAGUUGUGCCUUCCGGGCGCCGACGGCCGGGCGGUGGACGCCGGCUGCUUCAUGAGGUACUCCGACGAGUCCUUCUUCCCCGCCAACCAAACCAUGGAUUUAUCCCCUUUCUUGAAUUCAGGGAGAUCGAGCAAGCGGAGAGCCAUCAUUUGGGGAGUCACUGGAGGAGUCGGCGGCCUGUUGCUUCUUCUAGGGCUUGUGGCACUUGUCUGGAUCAGGAGAUCCGGAGAUCAACAAGGCCGAAAAGGCGAUAUAUUAGGGGCAACUGAGUUACAAGGUCCAUUAAAUUUCCAUUACAAGGAUCUAAAAAAAGCUACAAAUAAUUUCAGUGAAGACAGUAAAUUAGGAGAAGGAGGUUUCGGUGAUGUGUACAAGGGAAUACUUAAAAAUCGGAAAAUAGUUGCUGUAAAGAGACUAGCAAUUGCUCAAAUUAGUAGGGCAAGAACAGAUUUUCAGAGCGAAGUGAAGCUCAUUAGCAAUGUUCACCAUAGAAAUUUAAUUCGUCUGCUUGGAUGUUCUAGCAAAGGCAAAGAUUUUCUUCUUGUCUAUGAGUACAUGGCAAAUAGCAGCCUUGACAAAUUUAUAUUUGGCGACAAGCGUGGAUUCCUCAACUGGAAGCAGAGAUUCUCAAUAAUCGUCGGCAUGGCUCGGGGUCUUUCUUACCUGCAUCAGGAAUUCCACGUUUGUAUCAUCCAUCGUGAUAUAAAAUGUAGCAACAUUUUGCUCGAUGAUGAUUUGCAGCCAAGAAUUGCAGAUUUUGGCCUAGCGCGCCUUCUGCCAGACGACAAGAGUCACCUUAGCACUCAGUUUGCCGGCACUUUGGGAUACACAGCACCUGAGUAUGCAAUUCACGGGCAACUUUCUGUAAAGGUCGAUACAUACAGCUUCGGAGUUGUUAUUCUCGAAAUAAUAAGUGGCCGGAAAAACAAUGAUGUAAAACUCGAGCCUGAAACUCAGUAUCUCCUUGAAUGGGUUUGGAAACUUUAUGAACGCGAUCAGUUGAUCGAGCUGGUGGACGGAACCUUAGAUCCUAGUGAAUUUUCUCUAGAGGAAGUGAAAAGGAUCAUUAAAAUAGCUCUUCUCUGCACACAAUCUGCUGCUGCUGAUAGGCCGACCAUGUCUGAGAUUGUUGUUAUGUUGCUGAGCCAAAGCGAUAAUACUCUUCAGCCGACGAGACCAACCUUCAUAGAUGCCACAAGCAGAGUUCAUGGAGAUGCAUCCUCCUUGAUCGUUUCAUCUUCUACCUCGCAUGCAACUGUUUCAGUUUCUCAAGUUUCUGCUCGCUGAUGUUCCACAACAAGUAAUAUUCUGCGAAUUGAAUUUUCAUUUAAGAACUGGAUUUUCCUUAGAAAGAUAAUGUUAAGACAGUUGCAUGGAUGAAUUUUAUGUUUUAUCUUCUAGUUCUAGGAUGAAUCAU